AUGUCCCCAACUCACGACACUCUUCUUUUAUGUGUUAAGCCUCGUGAACUCAAAAAGGUUUACGACUCUAAGACUUUAAGUUCUCGUUUCAUUACGGCACCUGGGCUGGACCCCUGCAGCCUGAACCCCGGAAGCUCGCAGAUUCGGCUUCAGGCCGUGGAGAUCUUGUCUGAGACGAUUGCCUCAUCGAAAUGGCGAGGCUCUUCAGUCCUCGGACCUGUCCUGGAGGAGAGCCUCGGCCCGCGAGGGCUUCGAGCAUUGGACCGCCGCAACGACAAAGUUGCGAUGCGGCGGCUCUUACGAAGCGUGGCUUCGAACCUUUGUAUGCGUGGUCAAGAUCUGACCACGCCAUGUGAUGCACUGCUCGGCCGGGAAGUGAUGGCCUUCCUGUGCCCCACUGCACAGCAGAGCUGCUGGCAGGUGCAAGUGAAGGCUGCCGAGUUUGGCGAAGAUCUGCCGGAGCGGCUGGCAGAUCCAGGAUAUUUCAGAUUUCGCAGACAGGUUCAUCUCGCAGACAGACUCUUCGGGAGCUGCGCAGACGAGGCGAUCCUCGAGCUGGUAGACAGCCAGAUGUUGCGAGAUGGAAGUGAAGGAAGCCAUGAUGAGUGUUGGACAAAGAUGCCACGAAUCAGUCUGUGGCCCUCACUUCCUGUCGCGCGUGCCGCGGAGCCGAUCAGAGCUCUCAUCGGGGAGCUCAGCUUGAAUCAGAAGCUGGCUUACAUCCUUGGCCGCUCUCUGGCGCAAGAAGUGCCUUGGGACGACAGUCUGCCGGAUUCCAUCCUGGAGCUUUGUCGAUCGCAGCUGCGGCAGCUAUGGGAGGAUCUUCAGGACAGCAGCAAGACAGCCCCCCGAGUCGACUUGGAGGCUUUGGCAGACCUGGCGGAGAAGAUCUCUGCUUGUGCCUGCUUCAAGCCGGAUGGCGUCUUGGAGACAGUUGUCGAGGAGCUGUUUCUCGCCACCAUUGCAGAUCUGAUGUAUUUCCGCUUCGCCAUCCUCCUGGACGUCAAUUGGCUGGUGCGCAACAGCCUUCUGCCCUUUGUAGACUUGGCUCCAUCGCCCCAGACCGCUCUCGACAGGCUCUUGCGCCAGCAGAAGCCGCGACUCCUGGGCCAUCUGAAAUACGCCAGAUUCCAGCAGGUGCUGAAGCAGACGAGGUUUGAUGGUUCUUCGCCAACCAUCACGCUGAAUCGCAAGCUGGCGCUUUCCAUAAAGGAGCACGAUCGGGUUGACUGGGACCUCCGCAGGAGCUUAACAGGCCAGUUCCUCAACGAGAUCCGCCGACUGUCACUGGGUCCAAAGCUCUUUCGCCGGCCUUGGCUGACGCGAGCUGUGAAAGUGCAGUUCAAAGGUGAAGGCGGCGAAGAUGCUGGCGGCUUGUACCGAGAGGCACUCGAGGCCGUCGUGCGAGAGCUGACUUCCAGGUCGUUGCCCCUCCUUCUGCCCUGCCCAAAUGCCGUCGCCGAGGUUGGCGAAAAUCGAGACUGUUGGAUCCUCAACCCCAGCGCAACGUCGUCGACGGCCCUUGCGGGGCUGGAGUUUAUGGGCCAGCUGAUGGGUGGCUCAGCUGAAAUCCUGUGA